AGCCACAGUUUCCAUUUGGAACGGGCCGUCCUGCCCCUGCUUGCUCUCUUGCAGGCAGAGCACUCGCUUCAAGUCGAGCUGCGUAUCGCAACGUACUCAAACAUGGAAUGCCGACUGAAUCUCGGGGCCCUCUUACUAGCCUGCUUCGUGCUGCAUGCGCAAGCAUCCCUGCUGGACAUCCUGAGAAGACAUUUCGGAAAUCGUGACAUCUGCGACAAGCUUGUUAAACGCCUAAACACAUGCGUCGUUGGAAUGGAAGGGUUUGAAGCGCGGUAUUUCAAGAACAAGUUCAGCGACCAAGGAACUCAAGACCAAAUUAUGGGUUGUGUCAAGCGCAGGCUUGUGGAGAAGCACACCUUAAGGAUAUGUGAGGGCAGUAGCUCGGUGGAGAUUCUAGCUGGCUGCAUCGACACAUCUCUCAGGGACCAUGUGAGCCUCAUAUUACGCUGGAGGGUGGGGAAAUUCUCGAACAAAAUCAAGGUGUGCCUUGCAAAAUACAAGGGCGACGACGAGUCUAGAAUGGAAGCAAUUUUAAGGCCGCUAGACGAAGGCCUGCAAAAGAGGAUGCACGUCCCGAUCCCGCAAGACGACUCCUCCUUUGAUUAAAACGAACCCUGCAUGGCCGAUGAGGAAGCAGGGCCAGUGUUGGACCGACGUUGGGCCAUCGUUAGACGACACUGUCGCUCAACACGGGACCAGGUUGGCCACGUGUAAGGUCUUCGUACGUGGGCCGUGCUUUCAGUGUCACGUGGAAAACGGGUGGCGUCGAGAAACAUCGAAUCACGGCGGUGACUGGGAAUAAAAGUUGU